UUGAAUGGAUCAAGUGUCACUAUAACAGAAGGACAUAAUCACGGUGGUAAGUUUGCAGAACCUUACAGCCUGUGUUGGCCAACAGGGAGCUCACUUCAUUCAGCUUUUCUGAGGUUUUAAAGUCCACUGCCACCAUGUCUGACGCAGAGGAAGUUGAGCAGGUCGAGGCUGUAGAAGUGGAGGUAGUGCAGGAGGUAGAGGUGGCCCCUGAGGUGGCCCCUGAGCCAGAGGCAGAACCUGAGCCUGAACCAGAACCAGUACCAGAACCAGAACCAGUGGUAGAACCAGAGCCAGAGCCAGUGGCAGAACCAGAACCAGAGCCAAUGAUUGAGCCUGAAGAGGAGAAGCCAAAGUUCAAGCCCAGCGCUCCAAAGAUCCCAGAUGGUGAGAAAGUGGACUUUGAUGACAUCCAGAAGAAACGUCAGAAUAAGGAUCUGAUGGAGCUGCAGGCCCUGAUUGACGCUCACUUUGAGUGCAGGAAGAAGGAGGAGGAAGAGCUGAUCGCACUCAAGGAGAGGAUUGAGAAGCGUCGCGCCGAGAGGGCCGAGCAGCAGAGGGUCCGAGCUGAGAAGGACAAAGAGCGCCAGGCCAGACGUGAGGAGGAGAGGCGGACAAGGGAGGAGGCUGAUGCCAAGAAGAAGGCUGAUGAGGAUGCCAAGAAGAAGUCAGCUCUGUCCAGCAUGGGCUCCAACUACAGCAGCCACCUGCAGAGGGCUGACCAGAAGAGAGGAGGAAAGAAAGAGACUGAGAGGGAGAAGAAGAAGAAGAUCCUGGCCGCCAGGCGCAAGGCGCUCAACAUCGACCACCUGAGCGAGGACAAGUUGAAGGAAAAGAUCAAUGAAUUCAGUGACUGGAUGCGUCAGCUGGAGUCUGAGAAGUUCGACCACAUGGAGAGACUGAAGCUGCAGAAGUACGAGAUUACAAGACUGCGCAAGAGAGUGGAGGAGCUCAGUAAAUUCAGCAAGAAAGGUGCUGCAGCUCGCCGCAGAAAGUAGAUUGGCUGAACCCACAAGUGCUUGCAAAGCAAACAGCCAUCACCAUGGACACACACAGGAUGAAGCAAAUCACACUGUGGAGAAGGUUGCACCUCUGAAGAAACUAGGAACGCUGAGGUCCGCCCUGCGGUUUCUCAGCCACGUCCUGAAGAAACCAGGAGCCGUUAGCCGCCGUUUAAUAGAAAGAAAACACCACUCAACGUGCUUGCAUCACACCUCCUCACCCUCAACUCUGUGGUUCUCAGUAAUUUUGUAAAUAAAGUGUGACUCUUCAAGCCAUGUCUGUAGUUAUCAGAAGCCAAUAAAGUUCCGUCUUUUCAGA